UAUACGUUCUGCGUUCCCCGUACAAUGUGGUGUCUUCGUGCCGCAGAGUGCAGAUCAAUAUAUCGUACGAAUCUACCUAAUAAUAUUCUGUUGUGUCGCAUACAAUGUUAACUUUACGCUAAUCGCUUACAAUAUAACAUAAUAUACUGUAAGAUAGGUACCUACACGCUGUCUAAGAACGUGCCUAUGCUGGCGUAUAUUAUAAUAUAUAGGUAAUACUGUCACCGACGCAAAGACAUAUCAACAGAACACUGCUAUAUUCACGCCACGUGUGUUCAUGAAGAAAUGACAAUAAACCAACAUGAACAGAUACAUGACUCUGAAUCAGCUUGGAGACGGCACGUAUGGAUCAGUCGUGUUGGGACAAAACAUCGAUACAGGAGAAAAGGUGGCCAUUAAGAGAAUGAAAAGAAAAUAUUAUUCUUGGGAUGAAGCAAUGAAUUUGAGAGAAGUUAAGUCUUUGAAAAAAUUAAAUCAUGCUAAUUUAAUAAAGCUGAGAGAAGUCAUAAGAGAAAACGAUACACUCUACUUUGUAUUCGAAUAUAUGAAAGAAAAUCUUUAUCAGCUUAUGCGGAGUCAGAGUAAAUUUUUUCCCGAACAGUCCAUCAGAAAUAUACUUUAUCAGAUAUUGCAAGGAUUGGCGUUCAUGCACAGGCACGGUUUCUUCCACCGGGACAUGAAGCCGGAGAACCUACUGUGCUGCGGUCCCGAGCUUGUCAAAAUCGCCGAUUUUGGUUUGGCCAGGGAGACUCGGUCGCGCCCCCCGUACACCGACUACGUGUCCACCCGAUGGUAUCGGGCCCCCGAGGUGUUGUUGCAUUCGAUCAAUUACAGCACGCCGAUCGACUUGUGGGCCGUCGGCUGCAUCAUGGCCGAGCUGUACACGUUCAGACCGUUGUUUCCGGGCACGAGCGAGAUCGAUCAAAUAUUCAAAAUAUGCUCGGUCCUAGGCACGCCCGAUAAGGUACUUACGUGUAUAUAUGGGCUGCUGCUGCAGAUGUUAGGCGUGUGACACCACACCAAAUUACGCAUCAUUUAUAGGUCUAGUCUGUAUAUUAUUGUUAUCUUCAUUCUACUUGCAAUAUUUCCAUAUAGGUACCUAUACUGCAGUUCUAUAAUGUCACGAAUUCACAACGUUUGCUAGCAUAUAUAUAUAGUACCUGUAGGCGGCUAGGCAUAUCACGUUGGAAAGAUUACCUGAUACUAUUUAAAAGUUUAAAGGGUGUAUUUUUAAUUUAUUUAUUGCUUUAUUAUAAUACGUUUCUGAGACG